AUGUAUAAUAUACUUAAGUGCGCCAGAGCAGGUCUGUGUAGAAUCCAAGGGUUCCAAGGAGGACCUCUGGACAAAAUCGCAAUUUCCCAGGGAAUUAGAGCACUUGGCACAGCCACAGCAGCUAAAAUAAGGGAAUCCAACAGUACCCUGAAUGACUUUGGACUCCCGGAGUCGAAAGAGUUCUUCGUGCCAGGAAUCUCAUCAGACCCGUUCUACAAGGAUAUAAGUUUGCCAAAGAGAUGCAUAGGAUGCGGAGCACAUUUCCAGGUUUCGGACCCAAAUAAGCCAGGCUACGUGGAUUCCAAUGUAUUGAACGAAUCAGGAGCUAGAGGGAACUCUAAGCUGCCAAGCAUUAGAGGAAUUGAAGUGGAAGCUGCUCCGGAAGGCGUGGAAGUAAACCGGUCUGAAUCGGGACGAUUUGGAAUAAAAAAGAGAAGAGUAGUGUGUAAAAGAUGCUAUAAACUCCAAUAUUACAAGAGACUGGACUCUCAAAGCGAAGUGGAAUCUCAACGUGAAACGCUGACAAAGGAGCUGCUGGAAUCAGAAAAUUUGAAAAGAGACUCAAUCAAGAGAGUGAUAUCAGGAGUAAACAAUUUGAAGAAGUUCCCAGUAUUGAUAACGCAGGAGGAAUCGGAAGCAACCACGGUUAAAAAUUCAUUGAAAAUAUCGUCAACGUCGGAAAUAAUUAGCAAUAUGGCAACAAGAAUUAAAAAUGACAGCCUAAUACUGUUCAUUGUUGACUUGACAAACGUAGAAGUGUCAGUGAUCCCUGAGCUUUAUAUAGCACUAAGGAACAGAGCAUUGGACGUAAUUUGGAUAGCGAAUAAGUUAGACGUGCUACCGAAGGGGUGCGAAGCGUCAGAGAUUAAGUCGUGGCUGAGGUCAGUGGUGAGGCACAUAGGGAACUCGAAAAGCUUUAAUGUGAUACCAGUUUCAAGUUCAAAGGGUAGGUGUAGACAGCAACAAACCUUUGAAGGAGUUGGAUUUGAUCAACUUGAGGCAAGGCUUAAAGAAUAUUUGAAGGCGGGAGAGCCCAGGAACAUAUACGUGGUGGGAGCGACAAACGUAGGAAAAUCAACAUUCGUGGACAGAUUUUUGGACUACAUCCACUACAAGCACGUUGGCACUCUGAAUUUGAGACGAAGCGUGGGCGGAGCAACGAGGUCAGCAAUCCCAGGAACGACCCUGGAGUUUAUAGAAUUCGGGCUGCCAAAAGGCUUUAAGCUCGUAGAUACACCGGGAAUACCAAUAAUAUCGCAGCUCCCGUCACUACUGUAUAAGCCAGUGGACUUGCUGUCAAUAUCAAUGACAAAAACGAUAAACCCAGCGUGUAUUAAGCUGGAGGAGGGGAAGUCGCUGCUGAUAGGAGGGGUGGCAAGAAUAGACCACGUGGAAGGCUCCAGCUGCACAAUACAGUGCUACUUCGGCAACGGAGUGACAAUGAAAGUCUGCAGGAGCGUGGCAAGCGAGGAUAUAAUGAACUACCAAGUGGGAUACAAGCUGUACCCGCCGCACUCAAAGGAAGACUACAAGAAGCUAACGCCGUUUUCGAAGUACAGAGUAACGGUAAAUUGCAAUGGAACGGGAGCUCUGGACGAGUUUGUGAUCUGUGGGCUGGGAUGGUUCUCGUUCAACGGAACGGGCCCCAAGAUAAUAGAAAUACGCAUACCGAAAGGAAUAAACUUUUUGAGGAGACCCGCAAUGAUAAGCAGUCCACCCAGGAGGAUAGAUAAGCCGAAUUUCAUAAACAGAAGGUGA